ACCAAUCAAUCUGUAGCAUGGGAGCGAGAGGAAGAUAGAUGAAGUCACGACCGGAAGUUUACAAACAACAACUGAAGAAGCUAGGAUAUAGCAACGAUUUUGCUUUAUUUUGACAAACUGCCGAAAAGCUUUCGCCUAAACCAAGAUGGUUUGUGAGAAGUGCGAGAAGAAGCUUGGUAAAGUUAUCACACCUGACACCUGGAAGGAUGGAGCGCGGAAUACAACAGAGGGUGGUGGGCGUAAGUUGAAUGAGAACAAGCUCCUGACCUCUAAGAAAGCCAGGUUUGACCCCUACAGCAAGACCGGCUUUGCCACCUGCAGGAUCUGUAAGAGCUCAGUUCAUCAGUCUGGAUCACAUUACUGUCAGGGCUGUGCAUAUAAGAAAGGAAUCUGUGCGAUGUGUGGAAAGAAGGUUUUGGACACCAAGAACUACAAACAGACAUCAGUGUGACAGCGCGACGAUCUGAGGGCAGUUCUGGGGGUGAACAACAGAUGUGAAGAUGAGACUAAUGGUGCAUGUCAUCUUGUCAUCUUUUCACAUUUUCAGUAUCUUUCCACAUUGUCCUGUCAUUGACAGCUUGAACUGUUAACUGGUAAUUUUCCCACCUUUGUGAAAGCGAGAAAUUCUGAGGUGGUUUUGCCCUCCUAUUAUACACCGUAAUAACAAAUAAUGCUGCUGGAACAGUGGCCAUAAACAGGGAAGCACUGUUGUCUCUAAACACACCACCUGUUAUCACCUGUUUCACAGAUUUUUUUGUAUAUUUUAAAUUCAAUGAUUUGACUUGAUUCUUUGCUUUUUAAACUUUGAUUUCUGUAUGUCUGUAUGUAUUUUUUGAGUGAAUAAAGCAUUCUAUACAAGGA